AUGAGAGGCAUUACAACCAAUGACGUCAAAGGGUUCGUCUGGAAAAAUCUCAUCACCCGGUUUGGUAUGCCUCAGUCCAUUGUUAUUGACAAUGGACCACAGUUCGAAACACCCAAGAUUCGUCAAUGGUUGGCCGAUCAAGUAAUCAGAGCCCACUUUGCUGCAGUUGCUCAUCCCCAAGCCAAUGGGCAGGUUGAAGCUUUCAACAAAAUCUUAUUGGCAGGAAUAAAAAAGAAGCUGGAUAAUUCAAGAGGGUUAUGGGUUGUAGAGUUACAGUUGGUUUUAUGGUCAAUUAGAACAACGGCCAAGAACUCAACUGGAAAAACUCCGUUCAUGCUCCUCUAUGGAUCAGACGCCGUUCUCCCUAUUGAGAUUGAGGAACCAACUCUGCGAGUCAUGAUGUACUCAGAGGAUCCCAAUUGGGCUGCUCUCCGGACGGCCUUGGAUCUGGUUCCUGAACUCAGGGGCAAUGCGCUGCUAACGAUGCAACUCUACAAGUUAUGA